UCCUAAUAUGACGAAUAUCAUUGAUUAGAAUUCAAAGUUAAGACUAUUAUAGGAUUCUUUCUAAUAAAUGAGUGAGUUUUAAUUUUGCAUGUCAUUUUCAGACCCUCCCAUUAGUCUCUCUCUAAAAGAAACAAACAAUAAAAGGACAAGAAAGAAAAAAAAAAGAAAUUAAAAGUAAGGGUUAAAAAAUAAAGAAAAAAAGAAAAGGUCCAUAAAGACAAACAAAGCCUCCAUUCCUUAAUCAAACCAUAUUAUAAGUGCAGACUUUCUACCAUAAAGUCUGAACAUACACACACACAUACAUAACAUAACCCUUUUCUGAAGAAGAGAGAAGAUAAUUCUCUAAAUCCAACAAGGGUUUGAUGGAGUGCAAUGUGGAGAACAAUAAGAAUCUAUACCUUCAUGCUCCUACUUUCAUUGAGUGGCUCAAACCAUGUUCUUCUCCUUCAUAUCUAAAUUCCAACACAAUAUCUACUUCUUCUUCUUCUUCAUCUUUUUCUUCUUCUUUUUCCUUCACCCAGCAUGAGCUUGUUCAUGAAACCAUCCAAUUCUUGCCCAUUAAGGCCUCAAAAGAUGAAGACCACCAUCAAAGUUUUGAGGUGAAAGAGGAAAAGCUUGAACAAGUCACUGUGGCUUUGCACAUUGGUUUGCCUGACAGUGCUAAACGGCAUCGUGAGGUUGUUGAUGAUGAUGAUGAGAAGAUGAUUUUCCAUGUCAAGGAAGAAGAAGAAGACUCCUCCAAGAGAAGCUUCCAUGGCUGCUCCUUUAACCAAGAGAGAAGGUUCUGGAUUCCAACUCCAGCACAGAUCCUCGUUGGACCGAUGCAGUUUGCUUGCUCCAUAUGCAGCAAAACCUUCAAUAGGUAUAACAACAUGCAGAUGCAUAUGUGGGGUCAUGGAUCAGAAUUUAGGAAAGGACCAGAUUCACUGAAAGGAACACAACCAGCAGCAAUGUUAAGGUUGCCAUGUUACUGCUGCGCGCAGGGUUGCAAGAACAACAUAAACCAUCCAAGGGCGAAGCCUUUGAAGGACUUCAGAACCCUCCAAACGCAUUACAAGAGGAAGCACGGCACAAAGCCUUUUAUGUGCAGAAAAUGUGGGAAAACAUUUGCAGUGAAAGGUGAUUGGAGGACUCAUGAGAAGAACUGUGGGAAGUUGUGGUACUGCACUUGUGGCUCAGACUUCAAGCACAAAAGAUCACUUAAGGACCAUAUUAGGUCCUUUGGAAAGGGACACAACCCUCAUCCUCCCUUUGAAGCUUUUGAGGAUGAGAAGGAAUGCAUCACUGGCUCUGAUGAAGAUGAGCUCAAUGCUCAUCAUCAUCAUGCAUGAUGAUGAUCUGAUUAACAUUCUACAGCUUUCCUCAUUACCAAACAAAUGUGGUGGAUGCAGUCAUGGUUUUAGAACAUUGAGUAGUGGUAAUUGUAGUAGAGAGAGUUUGGUCAGUACCCUUGUGCUCAGUAACAAAAAAUUCUCAACAAUGCUGAGACAUGAAGGCUCAGGGAAAGGUUUGCUACCGAGCACUUGCAGGGUGGUGAUGAGCUAUCAGUAGAGGUUGUUUGAACUGAAUUUGCAUGCUUUUGGUUAGCUAAUAAUAAGAUGGUGCCUCAAGUGAUGAAGUAGAUGAAUUUUCUUGGCAUAGUCACAGAGACAAAGUGUCAUGUCAUGUUUACUUUUCUUUAAAAUAUGGAGGAAAUUUAUCCGCUUCAUUACUCAAUGGUAACCCUCAUUUCUAGGACUUUAUAAUACCAUGUUUCUUAUGAAUUUGCUGUUAUAUUUGGAUGAACACUGUGUGCUACACUGCAGAAUUUUCUUAGUCUUCUCUAUAGUGUUUUACUGCAGUUUCAAAUAUGCAAUGUAGAUGUAAAGAUGUAUGUGAAACAUGAUACAGAUGGAUGAUGUGAUGAAC